UUUUAAGCAUGCCCUGAAGCUGAAAGAACUGACAGAUACUGAUAUAAAAUGGCCUGAGAGUACUUCUACGAUUUCCACUAUGACCAUGCUUAACGAUCUAGCUGCAUUGAAGUCUUUAACGGAUCUUACUCUCGAUCGAGUAAGAAAUAUUCACGAAUGGAAGAUUGUCGAGAGCUGUAGAUGUCUCCUGUCAUUGGAUAUAAGGUCGCCCAUUGAUUUCCAACUACAAACAGAUAGCCAUUCACAGUUAUUCAGAACAUUGGAGAUGUUAUUUAUAAGUUUUGACUGCGCUGCCAUACAACAUGUUCGAUUGACAUUUACGAAGCUUGAUCAUAUCUCCUUGAAAAUUACAUCAAAUGAAAGAAGCAAUACUGAUAUUAGUGAGGCAGUGAAUCUUUUCAUGCAAGCAAAUUUUGUGAAUGGAAUUAACAAAUCAUUGACGACCCUUGUUCUUUACCAGGAUUCAUCGUUUGACUUAAUGCUAAUAACGAUAUUCAACUUUCCGGCUCUAACCUACAUGCGGCUUGAGAUAAGCGACCUAUACAACAGAGGAAGAGAUGAAGAAUUUUGCGAAGAGUUCUAUGACCGAAUUUGCACGCGGGUUGAGUGUUUACAGACGUUAACUUUUGUGUUCAAAUGCAGUCAGAGACGUCUUGGAUUUCAAUUCGAUUAA